ACCACUGUUCCCAACAGCUGGGUGGUGCAUUUUUACUUUUGUACCGGUAUAAUUUUCAGCUAGGUGAACGCAAACAACCAUGUUUUCCCAGUCGUUACAGCUGGGAGAUAAAACGUUCGACGCCCUGGAACGCCAGCACGCUAAACCGGUAACGCCACUAACCAACGGUCGAACCACAAGAUCACAGCAACGCAGCAAAGAGUUCCAGCACGCACCGAGUAGCACCGAAGAGGCGAUUGAAGAGUCUCCCACCAAUGGCAAAGGUCCUGCCGAUCUGUCCCGCCAACGCUCCGUACGGGAAAGGCUGCAGAUGGUAUCGACGCAGUCGCGAGGGCGCAAACCCAAAAAUCGUACCGCUCGUACGGCGGGUCAAGAGCAAAAGUCAAACAGCAGCGAUCACACGAAGAAGGAUGCUACGAGUCCUUCGCUUUUACGGAAAGACAAUUUAUCUGAGCUGUUUAGCAGUGAUAUUCAGUUUGACGCUAGUCCAUCCAUCCGAAGAGAUACUUUGAAGCGCACACAACGGGUGCGGGAGAGCGCAGCACCAGCGGACGAAGGACCUUCGCCGGAAAAGCAACCCUCAAUUCGCCAGAGCGAUGAGUUCGAUGGGCUGUUUCAGAACAGUGCCUUUUCCUUAGAUGCCUUACGAAGCCAGUCGAUUGCAGCGGGACAAACCAUGCCGAAGGAGAAAGAAGAAGAGGGCAGCUUUCAUACACUUUUUGACCACAGCGAUUUUACGCUGGAUAAGGAACAGCAAACGGUUCAGUAUCCGGAAGCGGAGGCGAAGAUGACCGAGAGUGAGCUGGAGAUCUUUAGCGAAACGCUGUUCGAUCGUGCCAUCACGGCCGAACCGGCAAUGGAUGAGCUACUGGAAGCAAGUGACUUUGUGGAGUCGCUGCGUGUCGAUUCCGCCGACGAGGAUGUGGCCCUCGAUAUAGAGAAUGUAACCUUUUCCCAGCCACUAGCGUCAGCGAGCAUAGCUUUGGCACAGACACAAUCACACGAUGUCAGUGAGCGACGGUCCAAGCAUACGGAAAUGGACGAUUUUAUCGAGUCAGAGAUGGCCAACUCAGUGCUGCGUAUGCCGGUGGAUGCUUCGCUAGCGGACACAGUGGUGAUGAGGGAUGGGGAGAGCAGUGGCUUGUUUUCUGGCAGCCUAUUGAACCAUUCCACAAAACCAGAGACUGCAAAAAGGCCACCACCUACCAGCAUGAGCCUGGACGAGACGAAAGAUUUACGAUUGCUUGCCAACUGGGGUUUGCCGAGCACGGUUACGAGCGAGUACGCCAAGAAGGGCAUCGUUCAGCUGUUCCCCUGGCAGGUGGAAUGUUUGUCACGAAAAGAGGUACUGCUGGAAGGAAAGAAUCUUAUCUACAGUGCCCCUACCUCCGCCGGCAAAACGCUUGUGAGCGAGUUUCUGCUCGCGAAAACCGUCACCGAGCGGAAGCUAAAAGCCAUGCUGAUCCUGCCAUUCGUGGCCGUGGCACGGGAAAAGAUGCUCUACCUGAAAGAUCUCCUCGAACCGGGCGGGAUGCGUGUGGAAGGUUUUUACGGUGGAUAUCAUCCACCGGGAGGGUUCGAAUCCGUCGAUCUCGCAGUAUGCACGAUCGAGAAGGCAAAUUCCAUUGUAAACCGUCUGCUGGAACAAAGCGCCCUAACCACGCUCGGUCUCGUGGUGGUCGAUGAGGCACAUCUCAUAUCGGACCCCGGACGUGGUUACAUCCUGGAGCUGCUGCUCACCAAGAUCCGCUUUGUGGCGGCCCGCUGCGAGCAUCGGAUACAGAUCGUGUGCAUGUCGGCCACCUUGCCGAACAUCGAUCUGCUUGCCCGAUGGCUUGAGGCGGACCUUUACCACACCGACUUUCGACCGAUCGCGCUGGUCGAAAUGCUGAAGGUCGGUAACACGAUCUACAGUGCGAGUGGGGAAGCGAUCCGCUAUCUAAAGGGCACCCUGCACGGAUACACCGUGCCGAAGGAUGCGGACCACGUGGCGCUGCUCUGCCUCGAGACGAUCCUGGACGGGUGUGCGGUGAUCGUGUUCUGUCCCUCGAAGGAUUGGUGCGAACAGUUGGCGAUCUCGCUGGCCAGCACGCUGCACACACUGCGCAAGGAAAACCAUCCACACGACGAGCUGCGGCGACGGUUGCGCGAGCAGCUGGACGGAGAGCGCCAGGAGGAGGUACUGCUCCAGCUGCGCAACUGUCCGGCUGGGCUGGACAGCGUGCUGGAGAAGACGGUACGGUACGGGGUUGCCUUCCACCAUGCCGGUCUGACGACGGACGAGCGCGACAUCAUCGAGGGUUCGUUUCGGGACGGUGCGCUGCGGAUCAUUGUGGCCACCAGCACACUGAGCAGUGGGGUAAAUCUGCCCGCCAGACGGGUGAUCGUUCGGACGCCCAAGUUUGGCGGCAAACCGAUGAGCUCGCUGACGUACAAACAGAUGAUUGGCCGUGCUGGACGUACGGGGCGGGACACGCUUGGAGAAUCGAUACUGAUCUGCACGCCGGCAGAGGAAAAGAUUGGCCGGGAGCUGAUUGGGGCUGAGUUGCCACCGGUACGAUCGUGCUUGGACAGCGAAAACUAUGCUCAUCUGAAACGGGCGAUACUGGAAAUUAUUGCAUCCGGCAGUGCGACCACAACACAAGAGCUGGAAACAUUCGUGAACGCAACGCUGUACAGUUGCGAGCGAGAUUAUCGAUUCGAAGUGAACGAUCAGCUGCUGCGCCCGAAGGCUUCCAGCUCGAAGAAAUUGCCCACCGGCGAAGAGGAGGACGCCAAUGAGGAAACCGAUCCGAUCGUAUCGUGCAUAUCCUUCCUGCUUGAGUAUGAAUUCAUUCGUUGCUUGCAGCAGGACAUCGUGGAGGAAGACGGCUCCACCACCGCCACUCUAAAUUCGACCAAACGCACCGUCCUCAGUGCGACACGGCUCGGUCUAGCGUGUCUAUCUGCGUCGCUUCCGCCGAAAGAUGGGUUCCUCCUGUUCAGCGAGCUGCAGCGUGCCCGCCAGUGCUUUGUGCUGGAGUCGGAACUGCACGCCAUCUAUCUGGUGACGCCCUACUCCGUCGCCUACCAGUGGCAGCAGAUCGAUUGGAUGGAUUUUCUCGACCUGUGGGAAAAGCUGCCGAGCGCAUCGAAACGCGUCGGCGAGCUGGUCGGCGUGAAGGAAUCGUUCAUGGUGCGGGCGAUGCGUGGUGCCGCCAAUCUGGACUAUCGCACGCUGCAGAUACACAAGCGCUUCUACACCGCGCUCGCACUGCUCGACCUAGUGAACGAGGUGCCAUUGUGUACCGUGGCCCGUCGGUUCAAAUGUUGCCGUGGAUUGCUGCAGAGCCUGCAGCAGGUGUCGUCCACGUUCGCGGGCAUUGUGACGUCGUUCUGUGCGUCGCUCAACUGGACGCUUUUGCAGCUGCUAGUGGCCCAGUUUCGCGAACGAUUAUUCUUCGGCGUUGCGCACGAACUGCUCGACCUAAUGCGCAUUCCCUCGCUGAACGGGCAGCGCGCUCGGUUGCUGCACGACGGUGGCAUUACCGGGCUGGUACAGCUGGCCAACUCGGACCGGCUAACAGUGGAAACUAUCCUUCACCACCGGACCAGCUUCGAGGCGGAGCGUGUGCGUGAGAAUGAGAACGAGUACGACGCGGAACGACGAAAACGGCUGCGUAAUCUUUACCUCACUGGCCGGGCGGGUGUAACCGUGGAAGAAGCGGCCCGGCUGCUCAUUCAGGAAGCGCGCACCUAUCUACAGUUGGAGCAUGGGCUGGCCAAUCCGAGCUGGUCGCAAGCGACAGAAACGAAGCCGAAUGAGAGCUCCUCUGAAGCGAAAGGCGAACAAACAGCGCAAGAUGAAAGUAAACGGUCUGUGGCGGUGGUGCUCGCGGAAGAACAGCCCUCCAGCCUUUUGCUGUCGAAUGGGGAAUCAUCCAACAGUGCAGCAGCACACUUUCACAACUCCCUGCUGAUGGCGGACAGAAAUGGCCAGGAAGACAGGAAGCAAACGGACAUGCAUGACGACGAUAGCAGCAGUUCACGAAUUACAAUUAUCGACGCCUGCAAGGAUUUAACGACGUUCGAACAGUUGCGGCAGCUCGUUACCGAUAAAACUGCCAUUACGAUCGCUUUCGGGGUGGAGCAAGAGGAAACCUCUGUCAAGAAAGCGACCAUUGGGAGUCACUUACGAGCAGUCGAAACGAGGAGGACUAACAACAACGCUUCACGGUCCUUUACCUUUGACGAUAAUCUUUAUCUCGCUGGCAUGGCCAUCAAACUGCAAGACGACACCACGUCCACCGUGUACUAUAUCGAUCUGCAAGAGGAAGCCACCGCCAUCGAUCGUGCCGAAAAGGUUCGCUUUAUACGCACAUUGUUUGGCAGGGAACAGCUGACGAUUACGAUGCUUGAUGUGAAGGAUCAGUUGAAGAUCGUUUACCGAUCCGGACUGAUACCGGUCGCGGAAGGCGACGAGGUGCUGGUAGCAACGUUCCAGGAUCCUCGGGUAGCCUGCUGGUUGCUGCAAACCGAUGCGGAAACGCUCACACUGGAUGCAAUGAUCGAGCGGCACUGUCCCACACUGAAGCAAGCGGAGCUGAGAUGGACCGGACAGCGCUGGGUAACGCCCAAGUGGACCGGACACGGGUUGAACCAUCACAGCCCAUUCGAUGCCAAGCAGCGAACCGCCGUUGAAUGUCUGCUCGUGAGCGAGUUGAUGGCAUGCGUAAGUCAGCGUCUAGCCACUGCCAACGGUGACUCACUGUCCAUCUGCUUCACCUCCCGUGAGAUGCCCGUCCAGCUGGCGUUGGCCGGCGCCGAAGUGAUUGGCUUCCCGGUCGAUCGCGAACGGCUCGGCGCACUGAUCGCGCAGCUAAAGGCGUGCCGCGAUCGUAUCGCGGAAGAGGCACGCAAACUCAACGGCAACCAACGGCUUGAUUUUGGUUCGUCACGUGCCGUUGCGAAAGCGCUGCGAUUGGCCGGGGGAAACGAUCGGAAGCAGUGCCGCACGGUGCGUCAGGUGCUGGAACGGUUGGAAAGCCCACUGGCGGCACUCGUUAUCGCCUAUCGGAAGAUAGAGAGCAAUCUUACCCGCACCAUCGAACCCCUGUAUCGGAUCGUUCGGCCCGGUUCGAACCGGGUGCAUGGGCGCAGCUUCUGUUUCACCUCCACCGGACGCAUUACGAUGCACGAGCCCAACCUGCAAACCGUAGUGAAAGACUUUACCGUCCCAGCCAGGCUGACGGAGGGAGGAGGAGGAGGUGGUGAUGCGCCACCGCCACUGUUCAGCUGUCGCAGCACGUUCGCAUGCUCCGAUCCGGACGACGGGACGGUGUUACUUUCGGCCGACUUUUGCCAGCUAGAACUAUCCAUUCUGACACACCUGUCGCAGGACCCGCAGCUAAUGGCAGCCCUGGGGGGCGGUGGCAAUGAAGCACCAGGGCGCACCGAAGCACGCAGCGACGUGUUCCGUGCGCUGGCGGCACGCUGGAACCACUACGAGCGGGAGUCGGACGUGAGUGACGAGCUGCGCAACCGCACGAAAGCGAUCGUGUACGGCGUAAUCUACGGCAUGGGCGUACGCGCGAUGGCGGCCGAACUGCAGCUCGACGAAGAUGCGGCACAGACGCUGAUGGAGCAGUUUCACGCCACCUAUCCCGAGAUCCGCCGGUACAUCGAGCGGGUCGUGCGGUUAACCCGCCAGCUCGGCUACAUCGAGACGCUCACCGGGCGUCGACGUCACCUGCCAGCCAUCACGAGCGAGAAUGCGCGCGAACGGUCCGAGGCAGAGCGGCAGGCGGUGUGCACCACGAUCCAGGGUUCGGCCGCCGACAUCCUGAAGAACGCGAUCGUGCGCAUGAGGCGCAAUUUGCGCAAAUAUCGCAACGUGCUGGAGCUGGAGCGGAUAUGGUUCGUGCUGCACAUGCACGACGAGCUGAUCUACGAGGUGCCCCGCAGCCAGCUGCACAAGAUUGCCAAAAUACUCAAAUCAAGCAUGGAGAACUGUGCCAAGCUGAGCGUGCCGUUAAGGGUAAAGUUGAAAGCAGGCCCCAGCUGGGGCACGAUGCAGGAAGUGAAGAUAUAGGUAGAUAGAUAGAUAGAUAGGUAAUAGUGUAAUUUCAUUAGAAUGUAGCCUUUUUUAAAGUGACCGUUUAAUAGCUAAUCGAUAAAAUUUAAAGCAGGCUCCAUCCAGCUCCAUUGUUCACCAUCCAGCCCUUUCAAAGUAUAACAAAGAUGAGUCAACGGUGAUGCCGUUACGCCAUAGCAACAAAUUUGAAUCUAGCUAGCUCUGUUACCAUAAACAUGCAGUCAAGUGUAUCGCACACCACCACCCACCACCCCCC